CAAUGGUGAGUGUCGCGGUGAUCGACCGUCACGCAAACAUGUGGCCCGACCACUUUUGCCAGACCACGCCCAUGGAAACGUCAUAGUGAAACUUGCGUUUCAGGCUGAGCAGAAACGCAACUGUCGAGAAGCAGGAAACAAGAUGGCAGAGGCGGCGAUGGCGCCCGAUCUGUUCACAGAGCAGGAACUCACCUGCUCCAUUUGUCUCGACCUCUUCACUGACCCUGUCUCCACACCAUGCGGACACAACUUCUGCCAGGGUUGUAUUGGCGGGUACUGGGCAUCGACCGCCACAUGCACAUGUCCGCUUUGCAAAUACGCUUUUGAAGAGCGUCCACAGCUGAGCAUCAACAAAGUUUUCGCUGUGAUCACGGAGAAUUACAAAAUUUCUCGCUACGGCAAAGCCACCGCAUCUAGCGUGCCGUCCAACAGCACCAACCCGUUUGCGAAGGCGUCUAAUGAGGACGUGGUUUGGUGUGACGUGUGCACGGGGAUCAAGCAGCCGGCCGUCAGCUCCUGCUUGACAUGCACGGCGGCGUAUUGCGCCGAACACGUCCGGCCCCAUCACAACACACCCUUCUACGCCAAGCAUCCUCUCAUGGACCCGCAGCAGGCGCUGAGGGGACGCACCUGCUCACUACACCGCCGCCUAUUGGAGGUGUUCUGUCGGACCUGUCAGCGUUGCAUUUGUGCCAUCUGUGUGCUGGAGGACCACCGAACUCACCAGACUGUCUCGGUCCAGACUGAACGACUCAGCAAACAGAAACACGUGGCGAGGACGGAGCAGGAGAUCUUGAACCGGAUAAAGGACAAGCAGAUGAUCUUGGCCGAACUGAAGACCAAGAUGGACGGUGUCAAGACCUACGGCGAGCGAGAGCGCGGAGAAGUGGAAACGUUGCUGGAUGAGGCGGCCAGCUCCCUGGACCGUCUCCGAGCCCAGGUGGUAGGCGGAGUCCAGCAGCAGAUGGGGGCGGUCCUGGCCAGGGGCGAGGGCCAAGCAAGCCUUCUGGAGGCGGAGCUCGGACAGCUGACGGAGAGACGGGCCCAGCUCGAGGCUCAGGCUGUCAGUCAGGACCACAUCGGAUUCCUGCAGAGCUUCUCAGAGGCCACGUCACCAUUGGGCUCGGAUGAGCCCAUCAACUUGGAUGACCUGGACCUCAACCUCUACUUCAACCUGGGCGGGGUCAAGGCAGCGCUGGCUGAAGUUCGAGACAAGAUGGAGGACGCCAGGUUGGGCGGCGGCGGCGGCGGGGCCAGAGGAUCCGUGGCUUCCCUGUUGUUGAGUGACCAGAUGAUGGCGGCGGAGAGCACGCUCAAUCUCAGAGGAAGCAGCAGCAGCCUGAGGAGGAGCCAAUGGUCACUCAGAGACAUGAAGAAGAUGAAGCCGGUGUCGGGUCACAAGAAGGCUCGCGUGUACAUGGACGAUGUGACCUUGAACCCGAUGACGGCGUACCCUUUCCUGAUCCUGUCGGAGGACAGGAAGCAGGUGAAGCGUGGUGAGAAGCUGCAGUUUUAUCGCAACAGUCAGCAUCGAUUUGACGUAUGGUCGUGCAUCACAGCCAAGGAAGGAUACGCCACUGGACGACACUACUGGGAGGUGAUGGUGGGCGAGAACAAAGACUGGAAGUUGGGCGUGGCAACCGAGUCUGCACAGAGGAAGGGCCUGUUUGAUAUGAGCCCGUCCAAUGGAUAUUUCGCCCUCUGGUGGAGCGGCAGCCAACUGCGAGCACUCACUGCACCGCCACUCACCAAGGUCAAGGCUCCCCCCAAGCUGCGUCAGAUGGGUGUGUUCCUGGACGUGGAGGCGGGGCAGGUGUCUUUCUACAACGCCAAGUCGGGUUCCGAGAUCUUCAGCUUCAACUGCGGCGAGUUCACCGAGCAGAUGUUCCCGCUGUUCGGCACUGGAGACAAAGAGGUGCCCCUCAUCAUCCUCACCUGAGGCGUCCACCAUCAUGGCAGCAACUGCUGCUUCUUGCCUGUGCAGUCAUUUCCCUCAUCCGGCUAUACUGGUCCUCGAUAGUUCCGUAAAAUGUCCAUUCGCACUGAUCGGAGAAUCGGGAAUGAGGCAACGAUUGUCAACGCAUUGGCGACUAUUGAAUUUUUGCCGACUGUAUACGCGCAUUUUGAUAUGCUGGAUGAGACAGUGGAGUCGUGCGUCAAAUGAAAAAUAGUUUUAACAACACAACUUUGGCACCCGUAAUGACGUCAUUGCUCUUGCUUUACAAUGAACUGGAUCAACGUCAUUUGGUGGACCUUUCAUAAUAAUACUUAGAUUAAUAAAUACAUUCCAAACACA